AUGGAAGUGAAAGAGGAGAGUCAAGCUGAAGUGGAUGAGAAACAUCAGAUUGUAAAAAUAAACCAUAAUGUUUCACAGAAAGAAACUCUGAAGACAGAAGACAUAAAGUGUGAAAAUAGUUUCAGUGAAGAUGAACGCCCUGCAGAUCACAAGAGGACUCACAGUGAGGAGAAACCUUUCAAAUGUCAACAGUGUGGAAAGAGUUUCACCUUUAAAUCGAGCCUUAGCCGGCACAAGAAAGCUCACAUGGUGGGAAAGCAACACGCGUGCCAGCAUUGUGACAAGAGUUUCCCAUAUAAAAGUCAACUUAAGAGACACAUGAUAACUCACAGUGAAAAGAAACCUCACGCAUGUCUUCAGUGUGAAAAGAGUUUCAGAGAUAAAAGUAGACUUGAGGCUCACAUGAGAAAUCACACUGGAGAGAAACCUUACAUAUGCACUCAGUGUGAAAAGAGAUUCAGUACGUGGAGCAACCUUAAAUCACACAUGAUAACUCACAGUGAAAAGAAACCUCAGGCAUGUCUUCAGUGUGGAAAGAGUUUCAGAGAUAAACGUGGACUUGAGAUACACAAGAGAAUUCACACUGGAGAGAAACCUUACAUAUGUCUUCAGUGUGAAAAGAGUUUCGGAACAAAAUAUAAACUUAGAGCACACAUGAGGAUUCACACUGGAGAAAAACCAUUUACUUGUCAUCUGUGUGGAAAGAGUUUCAGAGAUAAAAGUUAUCUUAAGGACCACUUAAGAAUUCACAAUGGAGAGAAACCACAUGCAUGCCAUGAGUGUGAAAAGAGUUUUAAAACUGCAGGUGACCUUAAAAAACAUUUGAGGAUUCACACGGGAGAGAAACCUUACACUUGUCAACUAUGUGGAAAGAGUUUCAGAACAAAACCUAACAUUAAAGCACACAUGAGGAUUCACACCGGAGAGAAACCGUUCACUUGUCAUCACUGUGAAAAGAGUUUUAAAACUGCAGGUGACCUUAAAAAACAUUCAAGAAUUCACACCGGAGAGAAACCUUACACUUGUCAACAGUGUGGAAAGAGUUUCUCUGUUGAAGGAAACCUUAAGAUACAUGAAAGAAUUCACACUGGAGAGAAACCUUACAGAUGCCAUGAGUGUGAAAAAUGUUUCAGAAGUAAAGGCAACCUUACAACACACAUGAACAUUCACAAAGGAGAGAAACCUCACGUGUGUUUUCAGUGUGGAAAGUGUUUUAGUGUGGAGUGUCACCUUAAGAGACACAUGAUAACUCACAGUGAAAAGAAACCUCACGCAUGUCUUCAGUGUGAAAAGAGUUUCAUAGAUAAACGUGGACUUGAGAUUCACAUGAUAACUCACAGUGAAAAGAAACCUCACGCAUGUCUUCAGUGUGAAAAGAAAUUCAGUACGAGGAGAAACCUUAAAUCACACAUGAUAACUCACAGUGAAACGAAACCUCACGCAUGUCUUCAGUGUGAAAAGAGUUUCAGAGAUAAACAUGGACUUGAGACUCACAUGAGAAAACACACUGGAGAGAAACCUUACAUAUGCUCUCAGUGUGAAAAGAGAUUUGGUACGUGGAGCAACCUUAAAUCACACAUGAUAACUCACAGUGAAAAGAAACCUCACGCAUGUCCUCAGUGUGAAAAGAGUUUCAGAGAUAAACAUGGACUUGAGACUCACAUGAGAAUUCACACUGGAGAGAAACCUUACAUAUGUCUUCAGUGUGAAAAGAGUUUCAGACAUAAAUGUGGACUUAAGACUCACAUGAGAAUUCACACUGGAUAAAAACCUUACAUAAACUAACCGGCCACUUUAUUAGGUACACCUUUCCAACUGCGCUUUAAUGCAAAUUUCUAAUCAGCCAACCAUAUGGCAGCAACUCAAUGCAUUUAGGCAUGUAGACAUGGUCAAGACGAUCUGCUGAAGUUCAAACCAAGCGUCAGAAUGGGGAAGAAGUGUGUUUUAAGUGAUUUUGAACGUGGCAUGGUUGUUGGUGCCAAACGGGCUAGUCUGAGUAUUUCAGAAACUGCUGAUCUACUGGGAGUUUACAGAACCAUCUGUAGGGUUUACAGAGAAUGUCAGAAAAAGCGAAAAUAUCCAAUGAGAAGCAGUUCUGUGGUCGCAAAUGCCUUGUUGAUGCCAGAGGUCUUAGGAGAAUGGUCAGACUGGUUCGAGUUGAUAGAAAGGCAACAGUAACUCAAAUAAUCACUUGUUACAACCGAGGUAUGCAGAAGAGCACCUCUGAACACACAACACGUCGAACCUUGAGGCGGAUGGGCUACAGCAGCAGAGGACCACACCGGGUGCCAUUCCUGACAGCUAAGAACAGGAAACUGAGGCUACAAUUCGCACAGGCUCACCAAAAUUGGACAGUAGAAGUUGGAAGAACGUUGCCUGGUCUGAUGAGUCUUGAUUUCUGCUGCGACAUUCAGAUGGUAGAGUCAGAAUUUGGCGUCAACAACAUGAAAGCAUGGAUCCAUCCUGCCUUGUAUCAACGGUUCAGGCUGGUGGUGGUGGUGUAAUGGUGUGGGAGAUAGUUUCUUGGAACACUUUGGGCCCAUUAGUACCAAUUGAGCAUUGUGUAUUGUUUCUGACCAUGUUCAUCCCUUUAUGACCACAGUGUACCCAUCCUGUGAUGGCUACUUAAAGAAGGAUAACGCGCUAUGAUGUCAUGAAGUGCAAAUCAUCUCCGACUGGUUUCUUGAACAUGACAAUGAGUUCACUGUACUCAAAUGGCCUCCACAGUCAUCAGAUCUCAACCCAAUGGAGCAUCUUUGGGAUGUGGUGAAACGGGAGCUUCGUGCCCUGCAUGUGCAGCCGACAAUUCUGCAUCAACUGUGUGAUGUUAUCAUAUCAAUAUGGACCAAAAUCUCUGAGGAAUGUUUCCAGUACCUUGUUGAAUUAAGGCAACGAAUGAUUAAGGCAGUUCUGAAGGCAAAAGGGGACCCAACCCGGUACUUGUAAGGUGUACCUAAUAAAUUGGCCGGUGAGUGUAUGUCUUCAGUGUGAAAGGAGCUAUACAAGUGAAGACACUCUUAAGAAACACAUGACAGUUCAGUUCACACAGGAGAGAAACCGUUCACUUGUCAACACUGUGGAAAGAGCUUUACAGUGAAACGUUACCUUAAUGCACAUGUGACAAUUCACACUGGAGAGAGACCAUGCGUUUGUCAACAAUGUGUAAAGAGUUUCAGGACAAAACCAAACCUAAAAACAACAAGAUUUCACACUCAAUAGGAACCAAUUAUGUGUCAACAGUGUGGAUAUGGCAACAAUGUUUAGAAAUUAGCUGAGGUCUUAAUAAUAAAACGGUCUGGAGGAUCCUUACUAAAAGUCUACAUGCGCACAAAAGCCAAAAAUGAUGUACGGCAAAAAAGAUUCAGACAGUUUCUCAAUCUGCAUUCUUGUUUGUACUUGUGUUCUUGUGAAACGUCAUCAGUCGCGGCCCAAGUACUGUUCCAGUUCCAUGAUCACAUCACGCCAAGUUCACAUAACAUCUCGCAAUGUGUUCUUGAUCCACUCAUUUUAUCGAGGAUGCAUCAGAAGGUGACUUGUGUGGACUUAUGAUAGACAAGUUUCCCCGAAUACAUUUCACGUUAACUGCAAAGGAGCUUAAAACCGGCACAUUAUUUGAAAUAUUACUUUUUCUGUGUAAAAUGUAGCUGUUUGUCAAGAAUAUAGAUGAAUAAACUUUAAAUCUGUGGUCAGUUAGUAAAAAUAGCGCCUAUAUUAACAUUUCCUCUGAUGAUUUUGGAUAUGUGAGUUCAAGUUGAUCAGCGGGUUGUCAGUGCCGUGUACACCAUCAAGGGCAGAUUCAUCUCUGCAAGUCCUUCUGAAAUGUUCUGCUCCCUCAUUGCAGCUGCUCUGCCCUUCAGUGUCUGAUGGUCAAACAUGGAAUAUUUCCUUUAGAUAUAUCUAACAUGUAUUUUUCCGUCUCAUCAAUUUAUUUCUCUUUAUUCACAAGAAGUCUGUUACUUGUUAUUAUUGUUUUAACUGAUGUUGAAGUUAAGUUUCAUAACUUAAAUCACAUAUAUUUUCAAUAAAAUCUUAACACUGAAUCACUGCCUUUUAAACUUUAACUAGAUUUUUACUUGUGUUUAUCUUCAAAACACUAUGCAGAUUUUCACAUUUUCUCACGGGCAGUUUAAGACUGGCUUUUAGACCACCAGUCCUGCUCUCACUAAAAGUAUUUUAUAGUUUUGUAAUUAGAUAAUUUUGCACACAGUUGGAUCAUUUUAAUCUCAUAUUUGUGUAUUACAAUUUGUUGUGAACAGUCUUUGUUACUUGAAUAUUUCAUAUGUGUAGUGCUUUUUGUUAUGUACUGUGAUGCAAUUUUAAUUAUGUAGGACUACAGAUGGAAAGUAUCAUAAUGCUAAAUCUAGUGCAGCCAUCUUUUUAAUGUAACUGCACAUUGUCCUAAUAAAUGAACAAACAAACAAACUAUGGGUGAUGUCACGGAUACUACGUCCAUCUUUUUUACAGUCUAUGGUGAAUACGCUGAUUACGCACAGAGUAAUUGGGGAUUUCUGCCUAGAUUUGGCAUACCCAAUUUCAAAAGCUUCUCAUACCCAUUUACAUUUACCUUACAUUUAGUCAUUUAGCAGACGCUUUUGUCCAAAGCCACGUACAAAUGAGGUAAACAAUAGAAGCAAUUAUAGCGACACAAGAACAGUAAUACAUAAGUGCACUGGAAGUAGUCUCAUCAUGUCCAACACAGUAUAUAUAGCCAUGGGUUAGUGUUUUUUUUUUUUUUGGAAGAAUGUAUAGAUAGAGAUCAAGAAU